AUGAUGAUGCCCACGGCCGGCGAGUCCAGCUCCCCCGUGCGCGCGCUGCGCCGGAUGGCCGGUGCCCUCCUCGCCGCCGCGCGCCUCCGCGGAUCCUUCAGCGCCUCCAAAUGCAAGACCGAGGCGCGGAUGGCGGCGGCGAGGAUGAAGCUGCUGCGCAACCGCCGCGACGCGCAGCUGCGCAAGAUGCGCGGGGACGUCGCCGCGCUGCUCCGCGACGGCAGGGACGAUACCGCGCGAAUCAGGGUGGAGCAUGUAAUUAGAGAACAGAACACUAUGGCUGCAAAUGAAAUCAUUGAACUCUUCUGUGAGCUGAUUGUUACACGUCUUCCCAUCAUUGCCAAGCAGAAGGAAUGUCCAGCAGACCUGAAAGAAGGUAUCUGCAGUUUGAUAUUUGCAGCUCCAAGGUGUUCCGAACUCCCUGAACUCAGUCGGAUGCGUGACCUUUUUGAGAAGAAGUAUGGGAAAGAUUUCGUAGCUGCUGCAGUUGACUUGCGCCCAAAUGCUGGUGUUAAUAACCUUCUAAUUGAGAAGCUAUCAGUCAAUAAGCCUUCUGGGCAGACUAAGCUGAAAGUUCUCAAGGAUAUUGCAAAGGAGCAUCAAAUCGAUUGGGAUACUACUGAGACUGAGCAGGAUCUUCUCAAACCUCCUGAAGAGCUGAUUCAAGGACCUAGUUCAUUUGUUGAAGCUUCCAAGAUGCCCGUGAAGACUACGUUAUCAGCUAACUUUGCCCAACCCUAUCCAUCGAAUUACAGGUCUGAAUACGCUGAUGAAUAUGAUAAUGGAGGUGCUAUGCAAUUCAAAGAUGCUGCUUCAGCUGCUCGAGCAGCUGCGGAGUCUGCUGCUCAAGCAGCAUCUGCUGCGAAGGCUGCAGCUGAUCUUGUCAAUAAGAACACCCAUUCAUCCGAUGAAUCCACCCAUUCAUCAGAUGACGAUGAAGACUGGAAGACUACUCGUAAUGAAUCUACUCAUUCUAGCAGACGCCAAACAAUGAGCAACACAAGCAGAUCCUCCAGGAAAGAAAAUCUAUCCACCUUUGAUGAACUAAGGCCCCGAGGAAGCACAGGGAAGAGGUUCAGUGGAUCAUACCACACAGAAGAUAAAAACACUGACCUAAUGGAUUUGGAUACCGGGAGGAUGCGCAAAAGGAACAGCACUGGCCGUGCUGCUCGUAAGGUGCACUCGGAGAUAAAGUUUGAUGAUUCAGAGGCAGAGGAUGAAAGUGAUGCUGAGAUACAGUCCCUAGAAAGGCCACCUCCUCGAAGAGAACGUUACCAAGGAAAUGGUCACUCCGAUGAGAAGGAACUAGAUGACGACUUCCCUGAGCCGCCAAAGGCAAACCUUGCUUCCCGUGUUCAUCCAAGCAUGCCGCUGGAUUUCGAGACCCUGACCGCGCGGUUCGAGGCUCUGAGAUCCGGGAAGCUUCCUUAGGGCGUAACCAUGAUGUUACUUCCUUGCUGCGUCUAUAUAAUACCAGAACUUACAUACCAGUAGUAGGUUAUAGUA